ACGAAAUGUCGAUACAGAUGAUACGGAAGGUUGUGCUUGAUGGAUUUUUUCUCGGUAUAGUGAUCGCAGCCUUAGCAGUGGCAGGAUCUCUCUGGAACCCGUUCCAACGGGGUUUCUUCUGCGGCGACGAGAGCAUCAUGUAUCCGUAUAGAACAGACACCGUGCCCGUGUACAUGCUUAGAUUGUGCAGUAUUGGUAUACCUGUAUUGAGUUUUCUCAUCUGCGAGUGGACACUCUUGCGAAAGCAACGUACGAAUGUCCGUUGCUUCGGCGUACCAAUACCCACCUGGCUGCGAGGCUUCUACUGUGUCACAAUCUCCUUCGCUCUUGGCCUAUGCUUCACAGAGCUCAUCACUAACAUCACCAAGAAGGUCAUAGGGAGACCAAGGCCUUGUUUUCUUUCGGUUUGCCAACCAUCAGUGAACUGCAGUUCUCCACAAUGGCAGAACAGAUAUAUAGAACCGUACGAAUUUUUCUGCAAAGGAAACCAAAGGGACAUCUUCAAUGACAUUAGAAUGUCAUUCUUAAGUGGCCAUAGUUCCAUGUCUGCCUAUGGAAUGAUAUUUUUAGCUGUAAGUACAUUAAAGACACAAUAA